UUCAAUGUGGAUUCUAGUUUAGAUCACACACACUGUAGCUCAUGAGUGAUGCAAGCACAAGUGAGGAGGAGUCGUUAGUGGACAACCGUAGGACUACUCGUGGGACUGCUCGCAGUCAACCUUUGACAUUCUUGGAGUUAGGUCCAGGAGACGAGAGGAGAUUGCGGAGAGAGGCUAGAGAGAGAGCAGCAGCAAGGAAACUGAGGGUGGCUGAGGAUAGUGCCAGGACUAGAACUAUAGCUAGCACCGGUACAACCAUGGCCACUUCAUCUACCAUGUCGCAAACCUCUUCACAGUCCACUUCGUCAGGAGUAAGCCAGAGUGGUUCUCAGGGGUCCAUUAGCCAGAGUGCUGGCUUGCGAGUCAGCCAGCAGACUCAACUCACGCCGGAGGAUUAUGAGAUCCUCCAAGCAGAAGAACUUCAGGAUGAGUUACAGCGGCAAUUGGAUGAGGCAGCAGAGAGGAGAAGGAGAGCAAUCCUGAGAAAAGCUAGACUAGGCAGUAGAAGAGAGGAACUAGGCAGACUGGAAGCAUUAGAUGAGUCAACGCUUGAUCCUGCGAUACGAGCGCUGCGUAACUCGCUUCUUUGUGUGGCGGAAGCGCAGGCUGUCCAGCAGGAAGUGCUGGCUGAGCUAAUGGCAGGCCAGAAAGAGAUUCUGGCUGCAAUACGGGCUCCUCGUCCCAUGAUGAGGCAACCACAGUAUGCUGUAGUUCCCCUUCCAGGUGCAGGUCCAUCAGUGACGCUGCCGCCGGUAGGGCCUCCAUUCUCACCUAUGUUGGGCAUGCCCCCUCCAGGUGGUUUGGUAACAACUAGUGGUCCGGUUCAUAGAGUCUCCGCCGUACCAUCCACGACAGUGGUCACUACAGUCCCACUGUCAAGCCAGGCCCAGGACRACUGGGACGAGAAAUUACCACUCGUCGCCARCCUGUACAAUAAUGUUGUGCAURGUACUACAGCUAACUUAUCAUUGGGGGAAGAUGAGGAGGCGGAGUUUUAUGUGCCCCAAGAUGAGAGGGAUGCAUUGGCCAGUGAGCUGGCAGCAAUUGAGGACCCCCUGGAGAGGCAAGAAAGGGAGGAGGAGAAGAAGUUGGAAUGGAAGUUAAGGAUGAAGAGGGAGAAGAAGAGGAGGGACGGAGUUAACAGAUUGCCCGCAGAAGUGGCAAAAUUGAGGGAUGGCAGACAAGAAAUGGAGGCGCAGACAGACAUGUCUGCCAAGAUGGAUAAGGUGCUGGGAUAUGUAGAGGUGUUGAGCGCGGCCUGGAUGGAGGAGCGUCGGGCCAACAGGAGCCAAGAGGUAGCACUGAAGGCCAUGCGGUCCGGUUUUCGGGAUUUUGUGCGCGAGAUGGUUACCCACGUUGGAGGGGAAGUCAGGCUGUUGAGAGACAACGUGGGGAAGUUCUGUGAGGGUGCCAUUGAGGGCGCCAAAGUAGUAGCCGCUGCUGAGAGCGAGGUUAGACCCCGCAAGGAACCAGUCAAACUCAAGUUUCCCGAUGCCUAUGGCGGGAAAUCUGAUGAGAACUUCGAUAACUGGGAGGUUAGCGUAAACAGUUACGUUUACUUACAGCACAUCGUACAGGACGAUCAGGUCCUCGUUGCCUUCCAGGCCCUCAAGGACGAAGCGACUAGUGUGGCAGAAGAGUUGAAGGAGAGAAUGCCAGCCUGGGCCAAAAUGAAGAAGGAGAGUAAGGGACAGCUGAUCUUGGUAGAUGUAGAAGUGUUUAGAAGCAGAGUCGGGGCCCUUAUAGACACAGGGGCCACCCGCAGUUACAUUAGCCGUAGGGCGCUGAAGAAGCUGAGGCUAGGAUUAAGAGUCCAAAAGUUGGCAGACCCCAUAGUCAGUGUCCUUGCAGACAACCGCACGAUGCGAGUUGAGGACUACGUAGAGGGAGUCCAAGCGUACUUUCGCCUAGAGAAGCAUGGGAAGGUGGAGAAAGUUCUCCAUUCCCUGACUCUCCUCGCACAGGAUGACCUUCCUUUCGACAUAGUGUUAGGAAUGGAUUGGGGAGAGGCAGCAGGAGCCACACUCCAUUUGAGAGAGCAUGAGUGUAGGCUCCCUAGUCCGUCAGGCGAGGUUAAGAUUGCCCGCCUGUUUCAUGUGUCAGGUGUAGACAACACUCUGGCACAUUGCUGUCUCAGUGCUCCCGCGUUCGCGCGACUAGUGAAAAAGGAGCAAUUCGAGGACUAGGUCUUCGUAGUGUAUGUGAGGCCUGUCACUGAGGCUAAGGAAGGAGAUAGCUCCGCAGACCCAACCA